AUGAGGAAGCGGGCUCAGAGGCCACGGGAUGUGUCCCGGGCCCCAGCUGCGGGCGGGAGGUCCUGACAGGACAGGGUGGCUGACUCGGGGCCCCUCCUUCCCACAGGACUCGACAGAGCCCGAGCUGGAUGUGCGGAGGAGAGCUGGAGGGGCCGGGUCCAGGCCAGCGGACGAGAAGCAGUCAGCGGCUGAGCUUGACCUCGUCCUGCAACGACAUCAAGACCUCCAGGAGAGGCUGGCCCAGGAGAUGCUGGGCCUUGCUCGCAGCCUCAAGACCAACACGCUGACCGCCCAGAGCGUCAUCAAGAAAGACAACCAGACCCUGUCUCACUCGCUCAAGAUGGCUGACCAGAACCUGGAGAAGCUGAGGACGGAGUCGGAGCGGCUGGAGCAGCACGCGCAGAAGUCGGUGGACUGGCUGCUCUGGGCCGUGCUCGUCGCCGUCUGCUCCAUCUUCAUCAGCGUGAUCCUGUUCAUCCGCAUCAUGCCCAAGCUCAAAUAAAGCCGCCGGCCUGGCCCUCGCGCUGCAA